UUUCCCUCUCGUCCUUCCUCGAAGACAAAUGUUUCUUGUUUGAAACAUGACCCUAACCAAAUCCGUCACUUUAAACCUGGUCCCAACCAAAAACCAUACUUUCACUUUCCCCCCUGUGAGAUACAGUAAACAAAAAGUUAAGUUUCCAAAUCAGGAAGUGAAGGUCGGGGCCACGUAGCAGAUCCGAAAAAGGAAAACACCUAACGACAAACAAAAACAAAUAUAAACGCUAAUCGAUGAGUUCCACUUUUACUCAUCAGUGAAAACAAGUUUUGUUCUGUGGGAAACCGCGGUGGGUCCGCUGGCGAGGCGAAGGCGAGGAUUCGGGGAAGGAAACGAAACCAAACAAGUUGCCAACUGCGUCCAUUUUGAAACUUGACAAACGAGCUGGAGUUCGACCGUCGUCGUGUCGAAAUGAUCGUGGGAGUUGCACAAUUUCUCACUCGGGCGGUCUCUCACUGAAGUCUUCAGCUCAUUCACUUCCCGUCAUAAAAUGUAGCUCAUUGUACGACGAUAUUUUGAAUAUUCAAUGUACACAAUAUGUUUCCUUCACGUGACUGCUUGUGUUACCAUGAGGGUAACCCCCCCCCCCCCACUCGUCUCCACCUCAAACGGAGCUGCAUGAAAUAAAAAGGUACAUCCAAAUUUAUAGAUAUCACAUUAAAAUCGAGCUAAUCGGAGUUUUGGCGUUAGUAAACGGUAGCCGUUUUAAAGAAGUAGAAAUCUCUGGGUGAGUGCUUUUCUUCUGUAAACUUCCUUAACUCGGCGAAAUCUUGACCGAUUUUCAAACAGUUUGCUUUAUAACAAACCGUACUAACGUGGCUAUGAUUCAGGCUGGAUGUAAAAAUAUAUCCAUACAUAUGAUUGUUUUUAAGGGUUUAGUUAAUUUACGUAAUCUCUGACAUUUAUGAAAAACCAAGCAGUUUGAAAAUCGGUUGAAAUUUAAGCAAUUUAUAGCUAUUUCAAAGUGCACACUCCAUUCUUUAUAAUGUAAUGGUUGAUCGAAUGGCACCGACACAAAAUGGCCGACAAGCGAUAAUGUCCGUCUCGAUUGGCUUACAGCGUACAUUAGUCAUCUAGCGCUCUCUAUAGCUCUUUAUGGCAACACUAUCAUCGCAUUUUCUAAUAAUUCAAAACGCUAAACGUAACGGGGAAGAACAUGAGCGUAGUUAUGGAGUCGUUUGUAAAACCAAGAAAACAAAAUGCGGUUAAAAACUCCGUUAAAAUAAGGCUAACGAGUCAUUAUAUUUGCUUCAAUGCAUGUCAUAUAUGGUAUUUGUUUUUCUUCGACUAUUUGGCUGCCAGAUCGACGUCACGUGACUGCUAGUGUUACCCAUCAUGCUAAUGAUUUUUUAACAUUAAAAAAAAAAAAAAAAAACUGGAAAAAAAAUGUGUGUUUUUCUUUACAUACAAAUACUAAUUGCUGUAGUACUACUUUAUCAGUGAAUAGAUUAUUUCUAAAAUGUUUGGAAACCGAUAAAAAAAAUCAUAAAAAAUAAAAAAAAUUGAAAAACCGUGAUUAAAAAACAAACAAAAAAAUAUUUAAAAAAUCGGACCAAAAUAAUGCAAAUAUCUGGCAAAGAAUGGCUGUUUAUACAACAAUUAAGUGAAUAAAUGUGUUAGAAAGUCAUCUCAAAUAUGCUAAAGUAAUGCGCGCCGACUACAUUUCCCGGGGUUCCGUGCUGUCACUAGUUUACAGUCACUAACCGACGAAAAGCUUGAGUACACGCACGGCGUGUUUUGGAUUCGUCAGCCUGUCACUCGACGUCUUUUGGCGGCCGCGAUGAGUUCCACGCUUCGCUAAAAUUUGCUGUCGACGAUCGAAGAUGACAACAUGGAGAUAACACAGAACAGACCGUCCUUGUACGGGGAUAUCGCUCACGUUCUGGGAUUCUGGACAGAGCGAUCGGCAGUGCACCAGGCAGCUGCGCAAGGCCAGGCGGCACAGUUGCAGCAGCUGAUCCGCGACGGGGCGGCCGUCAACGCCGUGGCCGACGAUUCUAUCACGCCUUUGCACGAGGCCUGCAUCCAGGGACACGCCCGCUGUGUCGCACUGCUUCUAGCUGCCGGGGCACAGGUGGACGCUCGCAACAUAGACGGAAGCACUCCCCUGUGCGACGCCUGCUCGGCCGGGAGCCUGGAAUGUGUCAAGUUGCUGCUCGAGUACGGUGCAGCCGUCAACCCACCGCUCUUCACAUUUUCGCCACUCCACGAGGCCUGCAUGGGUGGAAAUUCAGACUGUGUGGAGCUGCUGAUCCGGCACGGAGCCUCGAUGGAGGCUCACGACUGUCACUACGGAACGCCGCUCCAUGUUGCCUGUGCCAGGAAGCAGUACGACUGUGCUAAACUCCUACUCAAUGCAGGGGCGAAUGUAAACGCUGCAAAGCUUCACGAGACCGCGCUCCAUCAUGCCGCCAAGAAUCGCGACGUCAACCUGAUCGAGCUUUUGGUGGAGUUUGGCGCCGAUUUGCACGCACGAGACAACUUGGACAGGAAAGCCAUCCAGUACACGACGCUCGGAUCGCCUUCGCAUUGCUGCUUUCGCUUUUAUGAGGGUAAGCCUGUUGUUUCUUUUGUGGGCACAGACACACCGUUGAGCCUCCAGCAGACAGCGCGUGUGGCUCUGAGAAGGAUGCUGGGUGUGAAGGCGCUCCACAUUUUUCCCAAGUUGGAUUUACCCAAUCGCAUGGUCGCCUUUCUGUCAUACACGCCACCUCCUGUCUUUGAAGUCUAAUGAACAGUUCCGGUUUCACCAAUACAAGCCUCUGCAUUAUCGGUAGUGACACAUUUCCCCCCCUUUUUUUAAUAGGCGUUUCAGUCACUUUCAUGUCUUUUUGGUUGACUGGUGACCAGUCCAAUGUAUAUACUCUGUGCAGCAUAGGUUGCAAGUAACUCACCAAUCAAAAUAAUGCUAAAAAUAGAUGUAUUUAUUUCUUCAAGUAUGUACAUUUGUAAAUAACACUCUUAAUGUUACAAAGUGAUCAUGUAGAGAGAAAAAAAAGUUAUCUAGAGGGACAUAAAGGUAAAGCUGUGACUCAAAUGACAAAACUAAAAUUUGCACACCACGUAAAAUUUAAAUGAGUUCAAAAGAAGUUGCUUGCUGGAACCUGUUUUUUCAAUGCACUGCUAUAACUUGUUUAUGUUUUUAUGUACAUUACCUGCACAUUCUUUUCUAAUUGUUCCUUCUAGUUCACAUUGUACGAUGCAGAAAUGUGUCCAUUUAAAAUGUUUGCAAAAGCCUCACUAUUAAUUGUUUUAUCACUACCGUAAUUUUCGGACAAUUAAGCCGCUUUUUUCCCCUCAUUUUGAAUCCUGCGGUUUAUAGUCCAGUGUGGCUUAUUUCUUGAUAUAUUUGAGUUAAUAGGUAACACGUCAACAAGCACUUUGACAAAUUUUGUCACUAACUCCAUUUAAGUCCAGUCAAGAUCUUUUACAUCAAUUCAAAAGUGAGAUAAUUUGCCGGAUGACACUUAAUGACAUCCAUCAUAAGCAUCCAUUAAUGCUCAUGAUAGUGUCAUGUCAUAAAUAUGACCGCUGUCAAAGUGUUACCUGUUAAUAUCUUUUGCUGUAAAAUUCCAUAAUAGAGCUGCGGUUUAUCAUCCGGUGCGGUUAUCUAUGAAAAAAAUUUCAUGUCAAAUUUGUGUUUGUGGCUUAUAGUCAGGUGCAAUUUAUAGUCCGAAAUUUACGGUAGUUUGUAUACAGAUCAGCUUGGAUCUAUAAGCUGCACUGAUAUUGACAAUGACAAUGAUUUAUAAUGUAAAGAUUGUCAUAGUUUUUGUUUACAAAUGUUACAUUGCUCAUAUGAGUUCCAGCGAAAUUAUAAUUAUUGAUGAUGACAUGGAACAAUGUUAAUAGAGUGUAAUUUUGUCAAGGGAUUCAACCUGGAGUGACAUGGGCACUUCUCUAAAAUGUCUUCCAAAUGUUGCAAAUAAAUUGUUGUGUACCACCUUUCAGGAAAUCUGACGGAUAUGUGGAUUUCCACGAGCAGCUACUGCACAAAACAUUUAGUGGAAGCUAUAAUAAAAACACUGCCGCAAAAUGGCAAAACUAAUAUUUUUAUUAGCCUUUUGUAGCUUUCUAGUAGCUUGAAAUGUUUUGGUCUGGUGACAUCAAAAUUCAACUAGUAUGAGGUUAACUCCAAAUAUCAAAACUGCAAGGAUGGGGAACGAUUUUGUGCAAAUGCAAGCAGUCUCACACAUUUGAAGAACAAACUGAAAGAUUUUAUUUUCUGACAGUUGAUCACUCCCAUUGGUUUCUAUUACAUUCAAAUUCAUUGUUCAUUUCCUUUUUUUCUAGGCUUGUUAA